CGUGUGUUCACCGAGAGUCUUAGUCUACUCUACAAGGUCGGGAGAAGCGUUUUGAUAAUUAGACAAGAGGAUCCUGAUCGCAUCAACUUUUUCACCUACUCCUGCUCAUUCAGUUUAAAAGCCAAAUCAAGAAGCCUCGAAGCCCCACUGAGGGGCUCGACGAAUACAGUAAGGAAAGGAAAGAAACGAAAGGGGUUGCAUACAUCAUUGUAACGGCACCAUUACGAUAGGUGAAUAUCGUUUACUAGGUAGAGAGAUAAAUUCGUUCUCCAUUCAGUGGAGAAGAAGGUGAAUCUGGUGUGGAGAGUGAUCGAGGAGAAAGCUCGAGGAACCGUCAGACGACUAGAGAAGAGAUCAAAGUACAAGUAAACCACGGGCGACCAACCAAGUAAUAUAAUCCAAUGCAUUACGGUUCCCCCGGUUCCACAGAGAAAGCCGCCGAGGAAAUAUGUCGCUACCACGGGAAUGGAGCUUUCAGGACGCGUGUCGGGCAUCGAGCCUACUGGUGGACGCCGACAUCGGCGUCAUCCCAACGGCAGCGUCCUCCCAGGAGAUGGUUGUCACAGGCAGUAGCGCGAUAAUCGACGAGAACAUGAAUAAUCAACCGGCGACGCAGCUAGGCUCGCUCUUCUCCAUCCAUUCGGCGCCGGUGUUCGACCUGAGUGGCAGUGUCGCUGUCGGGGCACCGUCGCCGAAUCAACCAGGAUCUCUGGCGGUUCAGGCAACGGCGACGUCAACCCCGAUCGUGCCGCCGCAUUUGCAGAGUCCCGAAGGCACUUUGCUCGAGGAUGAGGACAAUGACAACCUGCUGACGAUAUCUAGCCUCACUGCCCGGCCGCUCAUCGCUAAGUCUAGGGAGCUCAGGUCUGUCAAGUGUAUAGCCCCGAAAGGAAGAAAAUCCCGACAAAGAAACGAGAGGAAACCUCGAAACACCACGUACGUUCCUCUGGAUGGUGGUUACGGCUGGGUGGUGGUAUUCGGCGCCUUCUUCGUGCAGUUUUGGGUGGCUGGGUUGGUCAAGUCCUAUGGCGUGCUCUACGUCGAGGUCAUGGAGACUUUCAAGGACUCGUCUGCUUCGGUCGCAUCCUGGAUACCGGCGAUUUUGACGUGCCUAUGUCUAGCGCUCGCUCCGGUAACGAGUAUGCUCUGCCAGAAAUACAGCUGUCGAACGGUGGUUUUUGUGGGAGGACUUUUCUGCGCUCUAGGACUUACAACUAGUUAUUUUGCCACGCGACUGAUACACCUCUUUUUUACAUUUGGAGUGCUAACAGGUAUCGGCGGCGGUUUGUCCACGACGCCAGGUAUAAUCUUGGUGUCGCAAUAUUUCGAUAAGCAUCGUGCACUGGCUAACGGCAUCUGUGUAUCCGGCACUGCCGCGGGUAGCUUCAUGUUCCCGCUUCUGAUCGAGUUUCUGGUGAAAGAUUUUGGUUUCCACGGCACGAUAUUGCUGUUGGGCGGUUGUAUGUUGCAUGUGUGCGUUAGCGCGACGCUAUAUCGGCCACUAGACGAAAAUUACGCACCUGAGGAAAACGUCUUGGUAAAGAUCGAGAACGAAAUGAAAGAGCAGCAGGAUCAGGACAAGUCGACGCAACAGAAACUGGAAUUGUUAUUCGCCAACGAUCCAACUGCCCGACACAAUAUGUUGAAUGAAUUGUUUCAUCAGAACAGCGGUGUGGUGGCAGUCGAGUUGACAGAUAGCGACGAGGAGAAGGAUGUGAUGGGCGAGGGUCUCCGCUUGAAGCCCAUUUCUAAGAUUCGCAGUUCCAGCAUCCUGCACAGCGUGGAAGAUCUAUCGACGGAUUCGACAUGCGUGUACAAAGCAAGAUCAUCGCUAAGAUCGUUGAGAUCGUCUGUGACGGCGAUGGGCCCACCAGAACAACAACAGCCACCGCCGUCGCCGCCAAGCAGAUUGCCAUCCUUGACACCAACAGCGACGUCGACGGAAUCCAAGAUCACGUUCAUGCAGAAACUAACGCGCUAUAUCGAUCUCUCGUUGCUGAAGGAUCCACAAUUCAUCAUGAUGUGCAUCUCCGUCUGUUUGAUGUCCACUGGCAGUCCGUACAUGCUGUAUUAUCUGCCAGCGUACGUCCACGCUGCCGGUUACACUAAGUCGGAGGCUGGUUAUCUAGUAGCUAUCUCCGCUGCUCUCGACUUGUGCGGUAGACUCGGCCUCGGCUGGCUGUCGGAUCUCAAGCUAUUUGAUCGACGGAAAGGAUAUAUCGGAAGUGUAGUGGGUGCCGGCGUGGCGGUCCUCGCAAUCCCGAUGGCUCACUCCUUUUAUGUAUUGGCGUGUUCCGUCGGAAUGUAUGGACUAUGCCUAGGUUGUUGGUUUCUCCUAGUUCCCGUCCUGCUCGCCGAUCAAUAUGGCACCGACAAAAUAUCGUCCAGCUACGGUCUGGUGAGGAUGUUCCAGAGCUUCGGUGCGAUUUCCAUUCCACCACUCACUGGUUACUUGCGUGAUGUAACCGGAAGUUAUACCGUGUGUUUUCUGUGUAUGGGUACAUGUAUGGUUGUAGGAGGUUUACCUCUACUUUUGGUCAAUGAGAACCAGACAGAUCCAACAGCAACAAAGCUGCCCGUAAACACCGAGAAUAACAAUCGUCAAGAAGAUACCGUAAAAGAGUAAAUUAUUUUGAAAAUGUGAUCGUUGAUAAUGUGAAGUGAUCUAAUGUGUAAUAGGAAAAUAAAUAAAUCAUAACAGUUGUCACAAAAAAAAAAGAAACAUU